AAUCGGUGCUUCUUUUCGAGUUUUAGAAACGUAACUAACAACAUUAUCUACUUGAAAAGAUAGCGAAAAUGUAAUAAUUAUAACUUUGUCGAAUGCAGAAACGGGGAAAUUUGUUUCUCCAUAUGAACAGAUUUUUCUUUGCAUUGUUUGUCAUACAGUUUAUGUAUGUAUACUAUGAUACAUACUCUCAAACAAUGCUUCUGCAUCGAAUAACAUAAUGUCAUUGAUAUAAUUUGUAGAUAUCUCAAGUACCUCCAGUUACGUACUUUUCAUCCAUUAAUACUUUGGAAUCAUAGAGUAAGGAUCCUGAACUUAACAGCGAACAGCGUAUGUAGUUGGGCUGAGAAAACAAGAAGGGACAUGGACAUGGAUGGGGGUGUGAGACCAAUUUUUCCAAAGCCUUCUCCAGUUGACCAAGUUGGCAUGGAAGACAUACAAGCAUAUGAAUCAGAACCUGACCAGUACAUGAAAGAUCCAUUGGAGCUAAGUUCGACAACAACUGCUUCAUUUGACGUUCCAAGUAGUUUCAUGGUUGGAAACGUUCAAAGUUUGAAUAGUUCAAGGGAUGAUCGCAAACGUCCUAAAGAGGAUGACUUCACACAGUUUGUGUAUCCUACGUUGCCAUGCGACUACAGCAAAUCUGGAGGUACCCCGUGGUGUGCUGUGUGUGGCAAAUUGCUGAAAUCAUGGGAUCAGAAGUGUCUGGACAUGUUCACAACCAACAUGCAAUUUGAGAGUACAUGCACAUACUCUGAAGCACUAGCCUAUGCAAUUAGAUUCUACAUUGUGCCCGAUAAUGCACCCUCCAAAACUAUUUGCUGUCAGUGCUGCUUGCAACUAGAGGAAACUCUAAGAAUAGAGAUGCGGCUGAAGGAAAUUCGAUCAGAUCUUAACAAACUGUUUAGUAAAACGGUGCAGCAUCUGGUGAUGGGUACAAUUGGGAACGUCUGGAAAAGAUCUGACAACUUGUCACAAAUUCAAUUGGAUUCAACAUCAUUCCCUGUAACAGGAUAUGAUGAAAAGGACGUGAAGUGCUCCGUUGAAGAAGAUAGUGACUCUCCUGUACCUGUUAAGAUCAGGAUAAUGGAUCCAGCAUCUAUCAAUAAAUCCGUAACCCAUUCAACUCAUGUUACGAGGAAGCCAGAAACAGUCCUAAGAAGUCCUUUGAAAUUUAACACAGAAUUUCAAAAGUUCGCUAUUCCUGAUAUGGAGAAGCAUUUAGAGAAGAAGUCAAUCAAUGCUGCAGUGAAAGUGUCCUAUCCCAAGCAAACAAUGCCCACUGUUUGCACUCAGAAACCAGUUACUAACUCAGAAAGUGAGGUGGACCCUUUAGCUCUAUCCAACUUGCUCACAGAGAUCAAUCAGUUUGAUCCUCAAACUUCAAAUUCAAAUGCCAGUUUGAACCGAACUGUGAUAUUCAAGCCAAAUCAAUCAGUUCAUGCUCCGCAUGUCUACAAGAGGAUAGCAACAAAAUCAACUAUGUCAUUGCAGCCAGCAGACAAGCCUGUCAAGCCCCUCGUUGUCAAGACCGCUGGAGGCAUGAAAAUAUUCAUAACGCCGUCAAAAAUCGAAAAGCGUGUUGUUCAGCUUUUUCCAUCUCCAGUUGCCUCUCAAAAUACACAAGGUCCCCGAAUUCUCUCAGUAAGACCCAUCAAACCUAUGCCAAACAGCAAUGGAAGCUGCUCAUCAUCUGCUGUACUUCAGAACAACAGCAUUCAACCUAGUAAAUCUCCGAGUGCUGAAUGUCACAAACAAAGACGCAAGUCACAACAUGUAGUCAGAGAUGACUCUGUUGUUGGUAAAUCUGUUGUGCUGAAAAAACUUAAGCACAAUCUUAAAGAGGUCCAAAGGCACAAUAAAACUGAAGCUGAUGAGCAAGUUAGCGACCAGGAGCAAAAGACGCAAGAGAAAAAACGCAAAAAGCUUAAACUUGUGUCUCAAAAAGUUGACUUGAGCUCUGUUCUGGAAUCUGUGAAAGCUGAAGGCAAAGGAGACACUUCUGCAAUUGAGACCAGUAAACGCCCAAGGAGAAGCGCUUUCCAAAAAGCAUCAAAAAGGCUUGAAAUUAUUGCAACAUAUGAUAAGAACCCCAUGAAGUGGAUUUCAAGUAAUUCUAAAGUCACUGAAAGUGAAGAAGAACUGGAAGAAGUAGAGUCUUCAAAUGAUUUGAAGUUAAUAGAAGCAAGGGUUGUUCUGGAAAAAAUACCAGAAAGAAAAUUUGAGGACAAGAAGGAUGAGUCAGUUACAAGCAAAGAUGUCAGUUACAUUAACAUUAGACCUGAGGACACUCAUGAAGCAGUGGAGUCUGUGUGUAGUCAAAUAGAGCAAGUCAUCCUAGAAUCGCCGCCAGAGAAAUGCAAAAGACGCACCUUGAAAAAAGGAAAAACACCCUCAUUUAAGAAAUCAAGUAGUGAAUUAUUUGUGUGUGACUUGUGCAAGCUUGAUUUCCUAAAGCUAGAUGAACUGAGGAAUCACAUUGAACUAGAUCAUUUUUCUCCUAGUUACUAAUAAUAUUGCUGAUUCACUACUAGCUAUUAAAAUUUAUGUUGUGAAAAGCGCAAUAAAACUGCGGGAAUUAAAAUAAUUGUAUGUACUUUAAUUAGAAAAAUAUGGCACAUAGUUUUGUUACAAUUUGGCUUACUCUAAUUGUAAACUUAUGCAUUCAUCAAUGCACUAAAAAAUUUUUGAUGUAAGAUAUAACUAAUUGGACCCAUCCACCGUAACUACCAAUUGAAAUAGGAUUUUAAUCAAGACAUUAAGAGCAUGUACAUGCAAGUACUAUUUAAUAUUAAAGACACACUUGGCUUAAAUCGUUAAAAUUUAUUAAAUUGCAAAUAAUUACCUAA